CACGGCGGGCCCCGGGAGGCGGCGGAGGCCCAGGCGGAGGCCGAGGCCAUGGCGGAGAACUUGCUGGACGGGCCGCCCAACGCCAAGCGGGCCAAGCUCAACUCGCCGGGCUUCCCGGGCCCGGACCCUAGCGAUUUUGGAUCCUUUUUCAACUUGGAGAAUGACCUCCCCGAUGAGCUGAUCUCAAACGGAGACCUGGGCCUUUUGAGCAACAGCAGCAGCAGUGGAAGCCUGGUCCCGGAUGCAGCCUCCAAACACAAGCAGCUGUCUGAACUGUUGAGGGGCGGCGUGAGUGCAGUGGGGGGCCCGGUCCCGCAGGGGGUCGGGGGCCCAGCACAGGGGCAGCCCAACUCUGGACUCGGCGGCGGCCUGGGAGCCAUGGGCAAGAGCCCCCUGGGACCUGGGGAGGCCAAGCCAUCCUCGGCGGCCCCACAACAAGCCAUGGGUGCCCAGAAGCAGCAGCAGGCUGGCAUGGUGGCCGGCAGCCCUGCCUCCUCCGCCGCCCAGGCUGCUGCGGGCGGAGGGAUGCACCUGAACGCAAACUUUGGCCAGGCCCUCCCAGGGCUCCUCAAUAACAACAGCUCCGGCCACGGACUCCUGGGCCCAGCCCAGCAAGGACAAGGGCAGGUGAUGAAUGGGUCCCUGGGGGCGGCCGGAAGAGGAGGACGUGGUGGCGCCGGCAUGCAGUACUCGGCCGCCGGGAUGCAGGGCAGCGCGGGCAACGUCCUGGCAGAAGCCUUGGCGCAGGUGUCCCCCCAAAUGGCGGCCCACGCGGGCCUCAACGCCUCCCAGGCUGUAUCCAUGGCAAAAAUGGGGAUGGCCAGCAACCCAGGGCCCUUUGGCCAGGCGUUUGGUCAGACGACCGGAGGGCAGCAAUUGGGAGCAGCCGGAGUCAGCCCUUCUUUACCGAACAAGCCUGGCCUGGCCAGCAGCCUCUCCCCCUUCCCUCCUGACAUCAAGAGCGUGUCUGUGACCAGUGUGCCAAAUAUGAUGCCGGGCCAAGUGCAGCAGCAAGUGGGCCUUGUCCCAGCGCAGGCCAUGGCCGCGGGGCCCACCGCUGAUCCAGAGAAACGCAAGCUGAUCCAGCAGCAAUUGGUCCUGCUGCUCCACGCUCACAAGUGCCAGCGGCGGGAGCAGGCCAACGGGGAAGUGCGGGCCUGUGCCCUGCCCCACUGCCGGACCAUGAAGAACGUCCUCAACCACAUGACCCACUGCCAGGCGGGAAAGGCCUGUCAAGUGGCGCAUUGUGCAUCAUCCCGCCAGAUCAUAUCCCACUGGAAGAACUGCACGCGGCACGACUGCCCUGUCUGCCUCCCGCUGAAGAAUGCCAGUGACAAGAGGAACCAGCAGCCGCUCCUGGGGUCACCGGUGGCAGGGAUGCAGAACUCGGUGGCCUCCGGCGCAGGACAGACAGCAGCAGCGCCCCUCAGCAACCCCAACCCCAUUGACCCCAGCUCCAUGCAACGCGCCUAUGCAGCCCUGGGCCUUCCCUAUGGCAACCAGCCUCAGGUCCCUCUGCAGCCGCAGGUCCAAGGCCAGCAGCCCACCUCCCAGCCACAGGCCCCCCAUCCACAGAUGAGAACCAUGAACGUGCUGGGAGCCAAUCCCAUGAACCUUCCUACCGCGGGAAUCACGGAGCAAGCACCCGGCAUGAUCCCUGAGGCGGCGCUUCCUGCUUCUCUAGGGGCGGCAGCAAACCCCCUGAUGAGUGACGGCACAAAUUCGGGGAAUGCUGGGAACCUCAGCGGCACGAUCACCACUGCAGCUCCUGCUUCUGGCUCCGGGGCAAGGAAGACCUGGCAUGAACACGUCACGCAGGACCUGCGCAACCACUUGGUCCACAAGCUGGUGCAAGCCAUCUUUCCGACUCCCGACCCAGCAGCUCUGAAGGACCGCCGAAUGGAGAACCUGGUGGCUUAUGCCAGGAAAGUGGAAGGGGAUAUGUAUGAAUCGGCAAACAGCCGGGACGAGUAUUACCAUUUGUUGGCAGAGAAGAUUUAUAAGAUCCAGAAGGAGCUGGAAGAGAAGCGGCGGUCACGUUUGCACAAGCAAGGGAUAUUGGGCAACCAGCCGGCCUUACAGACCCCGGGAGCCCAGCCCCCUGGCCUCUCCCAGGUGACGGCGGUAGCCCUGGGGCAGACACAGCCCGCCAGGCCCCCCAAUGGCCCUGUGUCCUCCGUGCCAAAUGUCCCUGUGAGCCGCAUGCAAGUCUCUCAAGGGAACGUCCAGAUGCCCCCGGCCUCAAUGGGACCGCGAGCUGCUUCCCCCAUGAACCAUCCCGUCCAGAUGAACAACAUGGGCUCCGUUUCAGCAAUGGCCCUGUCUCCUUCCCGGAUGCCUCAGUCGCAGAGCAUAAUGGCAGCGCAUGCCAACAGUCUAAUGGGUCCAGCAGCCCCCCAGACCCAGUUCCUCGGUCAGAGCCAGUUCCCUGCCACAUCCGGCGGAGCCCUCAGUGUCGCCAUGGGGCAGGCCCAGGCAGGAGCCUCCUCGCAGGGCCAGGCUCCAGCCGCUUCCCUCCCGGCCUCCGUCAGCAUCCUGGGGCCAUCGAGCGGCCAGCUUGCCUGUCCCUCCAUCACGCAGCCGUCUCCCCUCCACCAGCCUGCGGCCCCUCUGCCCACAACUGCGGUCUCCAUGCCUUCCUCGGUCCAGGGAAUGAUCCCUCCGCCCACAGCACCAGCGGCGCCUGCCCUACCGCUGCCUCCUUCGGGACAAGGUCCCUCGCCUGCACCCCCCUCGGCCCCCAACACCAGCGCCAUGCAACUGCAGAGCAUGCCUUCGGGACAGGCCCAGCCGGCGCCUCAGCCCCGGACCCCUGGGCAGCCCCCCUCUGUGCCAACGCCGCAGCCGCCGCCAUCGUCACAGCCCCAGCCAGCCCAGGCUCCGGUGCUGCCUCAGGCACCCUCCAGUCCACUCUCUCAGGCUGCAGCGGGGAGUGUCGACAGCCGGGUGCCCAGCCCAGGUUCUGCUGCUGGUACAGACCUCGGGAACCAGCCGUUUGGGCAUGAGGCGCCAGUGACGGAGGGGAAGUCCGAGGUGAAGGCCGAAAAAGCCAAGUCGGAAUGCGGCGAAGCUCCGGUGGAGCCAAAACUCGAGCCAGAGGAAGAGGAGGCGGCGGCAGUAGUGAGGCCCACGCAAGCCAAAGAGGAACCCGGUGCGGAUGAAGGCAAACAGGAGCCCAUGGAAGUGGAAGGCAGGAAGCCGGAGGUGAAGGAGGAAGAGGACAGUGGAGGGAGCGGAGGCAGUGGCAACAGCUCUACUUCUCAGUCCACGUCUCCCUCUCAGCCACGGAAGAAGAUCUUUAAGCCUGAAGAGCUGCGCCAGGCGCUCAUGCCCACCUUGGAGGCCCUCUACCGCCAGGACCCAGAGUCUCUGCCUUUCCGGCAGCCAGUGGACCCUCAGCUCCUGGGCAUCCCGGACUAUUUUGACAUUGUGAAGAGCCCCAUGGACCUGUCCACCAUCAAGCGCAAGCUGGACACGGGGCAGUACCAGGAGCCCUGGCAGUACGUGGAGGACGUCUGGCUGAUGUUUAACAAUGCCUGGCUCUACAACCGCAAGACCUCCAGGGUCUACAAGUUUUGCACGAAGCUGGCGGAGGUCUUCGAGCAGGAGAUCGACCCUGUCAUGCAGUCCCUGGGAUACUGCUGUGGACGCAAGUAUGAGUUCUCUCCUCAGACCUUGUGCUGCUAUGGGAAGCAGCUCUGCACCAUUCCCCGCGAUGCAGCCUAUUUCAGCUACCAGAACCGGUACCACUUCUGUGAGAGAUGCUUCACUGAAAUCCAGGGGGAGAAUGUUACCCUGGGCGACGACCCGGCUCAGCCUCAGACAACAAUUUCAAAAGAUCAAUUUGAGAAGAAGAAGAAUGACACGCUGGACCCAGAGCCUUUUGUGGACUGCAAGGAAUGUGGACGGAAGAUGCACCAGAUAUGUGUCUUACACUACGAUAUUAUUUGGCCUUCAGGGUUUGUCUGCGACAACUGCUUGAAGAAAACCGGACGAACCCGCAAAGAGAACAAAUUCAGUGCCAAAAGGUUGCAGGCCACCCGUUUGGGGAACCACUUGGAGGAGCGAGUGAACAAGUUCCUGCGGCGGCAGAACCAUCCGGAGGCUGGGGAGGUUUCUGUCCGCGUCGUAGCCAGCUCCGACAAGACCGUGGAGGUGAAGCCGGGGAUGAAGUCACGGUUCGUUGACUCCCGAGAGAUGUCGGAGGCUUUUCCCUACCGGACAAAGGCCCUCUUUGCUUUUGAGGAGAUUGACGGGGUCGAUGUCUGCUUCUUCGGGAUGCAUGUCCAGGAGUACGGCUGGGACUGCCCCCCUCCAAACACCAGGCGUGUCUACAUCUCCUACUUGGACAGUAUCCACUUCUUCCGCCCAAGAUGCCUUCGGACUGCAGUAUACCAUGAGAUCCUCAUUGGGUACCUGGAGUAUGUCAGAAAACUGGGGUAUGUGACAGGCCACAUCUGGGCCUGCCCUCCCAGCGAAGGGGAUGACUACAUCUUCCACUGCCACCCUCCUGACCAGAAGAUCCCGAAGCCCAAGCGCCUGCAAGAGUGGUACAAGAAGAUGCUGGACAAGGCCUUUGCUGAGCGCAUCAUCCACGACUACAAGGACAUCUUCAAGCAGGCGACUGAGGACCGACUGACCAGUGCCAAGGAGCUGCCGUACUUUGAGGGCGACUUCUGGCCCAAUGUGCUGGAAGAAAGCAUCAAGGAGCUGGAGCAGGAGGAGGAAGAGAGGAAGAAGGAGGAGAGCAGCGCUUCAGGGGAAACCACAGAGGGAAGUCAAGGGGACAGCAAGAACGCCAAGAAGAAGAACAACAAGAAGACCAACAAGAACAAGAGCAGCAUCAGCAGGGCCAACAAGAAGAAGCCCACUUUGCCCAAUGUCUCCAACGACCUCUCGCAGAAGCUCUAUGCCACCAUGGAGAAGCAUAAGGAGGUCUUCUUUGUAAUCCACCUACAUGCUGGCCCUGUGGUCAACACCUUGCCGCCCAUUGUGGACCCGGACCCGAUGCUGAGCUGCGACCUGAUGGACGGCCGCGACGCUUUCCUGACCUUGGCCCGGGACAAGCACUGGGAGUUCUCCUCCUUGCGGCGCUCCAAGUGGUCCACCCUCUGUAUGCUGGUGGAGCUGCACACCCAGGGCCAGGACCGCUUCGUCUACACCUGCAAUGAGUGCCGGCACCAUGUCGAGACCCGUUGGCACUGCACCGUCUGCGAGGAUUACGACCUGUGCAUCAACUGCUACAACGCUAAGAAUCAUGAGCACAAGAUGGUCAAGUGGGGCCUGGGCCUGGACGACGACGGUGGGGGCAGCGGCCAGGGCGAGGCGCAGUCCAAGAGCCCCCAGGAGUCGCGUCGGCUAAGCAUCCAGCGCUGCAUUCAGUCCCUGGUGCAUGCCUGCCAGUGCCGCAAUGCCAACUGCUCGUUGCCCUCCUGUCAGAAGAUGAAGCGGGUGGUGCAGCACACCAAGGGCUGCAAGCGCAAGACCAACGGGGGCUGCCCGGUCUGCAAGCAGCUGAUUGCCCUGUGCUGCUACCAUGCCAAGCACUGCCAGGAGAGCAAGUGCCCCGUGCCCUUCUGCCUCAACAUCAAGCACAAGCUCCGCCAGCAGCAGAUCCAGCACCGCCUCCAGCAGGCCCAGCUCAUGCGCCGCAGGAUGGCCACCAUGUCCACACGCGUGCCUCCGCAGCCGCAGGCACAGCAGCCGCCACAGCAGCAGCAACAGCAGCAGAGCUUGCCUUCGCCUACCUCAGCCGCCCCCGGGACUCCCACCCAGCAGCCGCCCAGUGCCCCGCAGACCCCGCCCCAGCCCUCCCCUGUCGGCAUGGCGACCACCGCCUUUCCUGGCAGGACUCAAGCCCCCCCGCUGCCGCCGGUCCCCCUCUCAGCCGGAAAGCCCACUCCCCAGGUGCCCGGCCCCCAAAUGCCCUCCCAGCCGCCCCCUGGAGCCGUGGAAGCGGCUAGGCAGAUCGAGAUCGAGGCCGCGCAGCAGCAACAACAGCAGCAGCAGCAGCAACAACAGCAGCAGCAACAGCAGCAGCUCUAUCGGGUCAGCAGCAAUGGUUUACCCCCUGGGCGCCUUGGCCUGGUUAGCCCUGCAUCCCUCGGGGCCCUGAACCCCCUCCAGCAACAGCAGCAACAACAGCAGCCACCGCAGCAGCUCCCGCCUCCUCAACCCCCACCGGUUGGCCUGAACGUAGCGCGCCCCAAUUCGGCUGGCAGCGGCCCCAUGAUGCCAGGCCUGGGUCCUGGCCAGUGGUCCUCGGCUGCCCCCAUGGCCCAGGUGGCCCCUCUACAGCCGGGUAUGCCACGGCCAGUCCUCCCAAUGCCUCCCCAGCAGCAGCCACCACAGCAGCAGCAGCCACAGGCGGUGGGGGUCCCUCGGAUGAGUGGCGCGCAGUCGGCUCCCUCCCGCAGCAUCGCCCCUAACGCCUUGCAUGAGCUGCUCCGGACCCUCAAGUCCCCCAGCUCCCCACAGCAGCAGCAACAGGUGCUGAAUAUCCUCAAGUCUAACCCGCAGCUGAUGGCCGCCUUCAUCAAGCAGCGAACAGCCAAGUACGUGGCCAGCCAGCCCCAGCAGGCUCCAGCCCUCCAGCAGCCGCAACCGCAGCAGCAGCAGCCUCCACCUCCACAGGGGCUCCACGCUCAGCCAGGCCUGCAGAACGUGGGCACCAUGGCAGCAGGGGUCCCUCGGCCAGGCCUCUCUGCCCAGCAACCAGGGAUGGGGGCCCUCAGCGCCCAGGGCCAGGCCCUCAGCCUCAUGAACUCCGGCGGCGGUCACGGCCCCAGCAUGGCCGCCAUGAGCCCCCAGUACCGGGAGAUCCUGCGCAGGCAGCUGCUCCAGCAACAACAGCAGCAGCAACAGCAGCAGGGGGUGCCUGGGAUGGGGGCCCACGGCCAAUUCCCGCAGCCGCCUGGGCCCGUGGGAUACUCCCAGGCCGCCUUGCAGCAGCAGCAGCAGCAGCAGCAUCGGAUGCAGCAGCAGCACCUCUCCCUGCCUAUGGGGCCGAUGGGACCCCUGAACUCGUUGGGCCCUGAGGGCAGCACGAGCCUGCAGCAGGCCCUCCAGCAGCGGCUCCUCCAGCAGCAGCAGCAGCAGAUGAAGCCCCCGCCCGUGCCCCCGCUGAUGGGCUCCCCCGGGGGCCCCCCCAACCCCAUGAGCCCCCAGGGGCACCUGCUGCCCGGACAGCCCCCCAGCUCCACGGGGCCCGCGCCGCCCAUGCUCCCUGGACAGCCCCCCCACGGCGGGCAGGUGCGCUCCCCGGCCCCGGUCCAGUCCCCCCGCCCCCAGUCGCAGCCCCCUCCGCCGCACUCGAGCCCCUCCCCCCGCGUGGCCCCCUCUCCGCAGACGGGCUCCCCGCUCUCGCUGCCAGGACUUGCCGGGGGGGGCUUGGACCCGGGGCACCUGGGGGGAGGGGCGGGAGGAGGGCCUCCCCCCGAGACGCAGAGCGCCAUGCUGCCCCAGCUGAACCCCCCCAACCGGGCCGUCCUGCCGGGGGACCUCUCCCUGGUUGGGGGAGACGCCUCGGGGGGAGAUACGCUGGAGAAGUUCGUGGAGGGCUUGUAGCCCCCCCCCCCCUUGGCUUUCCAUUUGGACCCUUUGGACCGGGAGGAGAAAAGGGGGCCUCUUGGAAGAGGAGGCUCUGGACCCAUUGCUUGGCCCCCGUUUCAAAACAAAGAAUAUAUAUUUUUUGUUAAAAGCCAGCCAGGUGUGGUUGAACUAUCUGGUCUCUUCUUUUUGUUGUUCUUGUUGUGGGUUUCUUUCUUCUUCUUUUUUUUUAAGUUUUGUUGUUACUGUUGACUAUUGCUUUUUAAAAGGGGGGGAGGAUUAGUCCAUUAUAUCCAUAUUUUUAUUUGUAAUUUCAAGACUAAGCGUUUGCGUUUAUCAGAGAAGAAAACCAAUCUCCAGAAAUGCCACAUCCUGGUGCACCCUUCUACUUUUCCGGCGUUCGAUCGAAAGAUUUCUUUCCCGUUCCGUCUUGAGCUCUGCGGGCGACCGAAAGUAUUAUUAUUAUUAUUAUAAUUAUUAUGAAUUGCCCUCGGAACAGAUAGGAAUUGGCUCUUGCAGACUCGCAGACGCACACAGCCUUUGUUGCCGAUGCAAAACCUAUAGCUUCGUUUCUGGGGGGAAACUAGUUUUGGAUUUAUAAAAGGAAAGAGAGGAAGAGGGACGGUCAUUUCCGGGCCCGUUCAUAUUUUAACAGGGAAGAAAUAUAUUCUUUUCUUUAACUCUUUGACGUGAAACUUGAAACGAGGAAAAGCAAUUCUAGUGUAAAUCAUGCAAGCUCGAAAAUUCCUAUAAAUAUUUAAAAGAAAUCCAAGAUUCAAUCACUGUAUAGAAUGGGGAGGGGGGACGGACUCAUUUCUUACUUCUCUUAGGCAUAUUGUUAAAUAAACGGUGUGCAACAGACAAAGAGGGUGGUCCUUGAAUCCAUGUACAUGUUAUUUACUGAGUGUUUGGGGACUUUUUUUGUUAUGAAAAACGCUGUUUUCAACAUUGUAUUUGGACUAUGCAUGUCUCUUUUUUCCAUUGUAUAUAUAGUAUUGCUUAAAGGUGAUAUAAAUUACUGAAGUUUUUAA